AUGUCAGCAUCAUUGGCUAUGCAAGAAUUAAUGUCUGAUCCAUCGGGACAUUUUGCUCCAAAACCUCCACCAGGUAGAAGCAAAAUCAACAGGAAAAGACCUCAGACAGCCCCAGGGCGUCAAAUCACAACGGCUUCGAAAGCUCCAAAACUAUGGCGGUCAUCAACUUACAAUGAACCCAAUUUAAAAAGGAGAAAAUUUAUUGUGACAUUAAAUCAUAAGAAGGAUAUUUCCAGUAUAAGCCGCAAUGCUCCAUAUGCAAAUAGAGCCUACACUACAGCAAUGGCUACCGCAGCUAGAACCUAUAGUAACGCAUUGAAUAAAGGCCAGCAAAAAGAAAUUAUACCAAUAUAUAACCCACUGUGUGAUCCACAUCUGAAUGAUUAUUAUGCUCGCAAAUUUGGUUUGCUAAAUAGCCGAGACGAAUCUCGAAAAAACCGCAAGCAAGCUGGUGUUGCUUACCAGUUCGGCGUUAAAACGGGAGACAAGAAAGGAUCAGACACUGAUGCUAAGGUUUACAUCCAAGUUAUUGGAACAAAAGAUAAAAUUCCUAAAAAACGAUUAUUUAAGAAGCAAGAAACUGAAAAAACUGAAAGAGGAAAUCUCUUUAAAUUUGAUAAAAGCACAGUUGAAAAAUUUGCUGUUCAACAUCGAGACAUUGGUGAUCCAGUAAAAUUAAUCGUUGAGCACGACGGUAAUGAGAAACGACAUGGAUGGUUUCUUGAAGAAAUAACGUUAACUAACAUUCAAAGUAAAAAAUCAUGGUUAUUUCCUUGUCAUAAAUGGUUAUCAAAGUAUGAAGGUGACCGCAAAUUAUGUUACGAAUUAAAGCCUUUAGCUAAGGCCGGCAAAGCUGUAUAUGAAGUAAGCGUUCUGACCGGCGAUAAAAGAGGAGCUGGGACAGAUGCCAAUGUAUCCGUAACGCUAUUUGGCAAACAUACCAGUUCGCCAAAGAUUCAGCUAUUGAAAAGUAGUAAACAUAAGAAUCCAUUCGAACGCAAUAAUACCGACGAAUUUAAAAUUCGAACUCGAGAUGUCGGUAAAUUAAGCAAGAUAAGAAUUGAACAUGAUAAUGCUGGUUUUGGACCAGGAUGGUUUCUUGACAAGGUUAUCAUAUGCAACUUAGAAAAGCCAAAUGUUAAAUAUUAUUGUCCCUGUAACCAAUGGUUAGCCAAAGACGUUGGCGAUAAAUCAAUCAGCCGUGAUCUAACCGCUUAUACAGAUCCAAAUGCCGCACCCUCAGCCUAUGUCUACAUUGUUCAUACCUUUACUGGAAAUAAAAGAGGUGCUGGAACCGAUGCAAAUGUAUAUGCAGUCAUCUUUGGAGAUAGUGGCGAUACUGGAGAAAAAAGAUUGGAUAACUCUAAGAAUAAUUUUGAGAAAUCAAGAAAAGAUACCUUUAAAUUGAGUUGUUCUUGUGUUGGAAAAUUGGAAAGAUUGCGUAUUCGCCAUGAUAAUACUGGUCUCUUUGCUGGUUGGUAUCUAGACAAGGUUGUAGUCGAAGAUCCACAAGAACAGCAAUCUUAUACAUUUUACUGUCGACGAUGGUUAUCAAAAACAGAAGACGACGGAGAAAUUUGUCGAGAUCUAAUCGUAUCUGCAAGUGGAGAUGAUGGAGAUGAUUCUGUUGCUCCUAAAGGCUAUCCUUACCAUAUUCAUGUUACAACAAGUGAUGUCAAAAAUGCCGGUACGGAUGCCGAAGUCUAUGUUGUUAUGCACGGAGAAGGUAAAAAAAGUAAAGAGCUAAAUAGUGGUAAAUUAGUCUUGGCGAAUUCAGAAAAGAAAAAGAAUACUUUUGAACGCGCAAUGACGGAUAUCUUCCAUAUGGAAUGCGCUGAAAUGUUAUCACCACUAACUAAGCUAACAGUUGGCCAUGAUAAUAAAGGUUUAGCAGCUGGAUGGCAUUUAGAUAGGAUCGUAAUCGAUUGCCCAACCACUGGAAUUGAGCAAACAUUUUUAUGCCAACAAUGGUUGGAUAGGAAAGCUGGUGAUGGAUUAACAGAGAGAGAAUUAGUUGAAGCUUUCGAUAUGAGGAAAACAAGGCGGCCGAAACAACUUUGGUUCGCUUGGAUUUGGACCAGCGAUAUACGAGGUGCUGGCACUGAUGCUAAUGUAUCUAUGCAAAUCUAUGGCGAUAAAGGGAAAAGUCAAGAAAUCAAACUCGGAAAUAACACUGAUAACUUUGAACAAGCCACAUUAGAUAAAUUUAAGCUUGAAAUCGAUCAGGUUGGCGUUCCCUAUAAGCUAAGAAUUGGCCAUGAUAAUAGUAAUGCCUUUCCAGGAUGGCAUUUAGACAAGGUUAAAUUAGAAAAUAUGAAUGACAAAGAACAGUACUUGUUCAACUGUAAUCGAUGGCUAUCGAGAAGUGAAGAGGACAACGAAAUAAUACGAGAGUUGCCAGCUUCAGGUCCAAAUUGCCCGAAUUAUCCAAUUGUCAUUUACGAAGUAUCUGUCCAUACCGGUAAUAAAAUGGGCGGUGGAACAGAUGCUAACGUAUUCAUCAAGAUUUAUGGCGAAUUAGGCGAUUCUGGAUAUCGCCCUUUAAAGUCUUCCAAAAGCCAUAAUAAUAAAUUUGAAAGAAAUCAAGUUGAUGUCUUUCAUAUUGAGGCUGUAACAUUAAAGGCAUUGAAGAAAAUAAAGAUUGGCCACGAUGGCAAUAAUCCCGGAGCUGGUUGGUUUCUGGAUAAAGUAGUGAUCAAAGAGCUCAACGGAGAAGCAUCCAAUGAAUUUCCUUGCAAUCGAUGGCUGUCUAAGAGUGAGGAUGAUGGUCAAAUAGUCCGGGAAUUAUUCUUAAAAAGUGAUACUCCACUUCUGAAAACAACCUCAUAUCACAUUUCCGUUAAGACGGGAGAUGUUCGCAAUGCUGGAACCGAUGCCAAUGUUUUCAUACAAAUCUUCGGUGCUAAAGAUGAUACUGGUCGCGUUCGUCUUAAGCAAUCGCUUAAUACAAGCAAUAAAUUUGAAAGAAACCGUAUUGAUAAAUUUAUUAUAGAAGCAGCACAAAUUGGCAAGAUUGAGAAAAUAAUAAUUGGCCAUGACGGUAAAGGUCUAGGAAGUGGUUGGUUCUUAGAUUACAUAGAACUUGAUGUUCCAUCAGUGGGUCGAUUAUAUCGUUUUUCUUGCCAUCAAUGGUUUGAUAGUACUGAAGGAGAUCGAAAAGUUGAGAGGGAGUUAUAUCCAAGCGAAUGUAUCAAAUCGGCAGCAAAAAUUCCUUAUCAAAUUUCCGUUCACACCGGCGAUAUCCGCCAUGCCGGUACGGAUUCUAAUGUAUUCGCAGUCAUCUAUGGUGAAAACGGUAAGACCGAAGAAUUAAAGUUAAGGAAUAAAUCCGAUAACUUUGAACGUGGACAAGUCGAUGUAUUUAAGGUCGAAUGUGAAGAUGUUGGUAAAUUAAGAAAACUUCGCAUUGGUCAUGAUAGCGCAGGUAUGGGAUCGGCAUGGUUUCUUGACAAGGUCUACGUACGUCGAUUACCACCGAAAAGUGGUAAAAAAAGCAAAGAAACCGAUGAAAGAGAAGAGGAAACGGCAAAGAAAGACGCUGACGAACCGGAAAAAUUAGACGAAAAUAACUAUUUAUUUGUUGCUAAUCGUUGGCUAUCAAAAGAAGAAGGAGAUCGUCAAACAGUUAUUGAAAUAUCCCCCGUUGGAGUCGAUGGAGCGCUAGCAGAAAUGACUUAUACUAUUCGUGUUAUCACUGGCAAUAAAUUUGGAUGUGGAACCAAUGCUAAUGUCUUCAUAAAUAUGUACGGGGAAGAAGGCGAUUCUGGUGAAAGACAGCUGAAAAAAUCAGAAACCCAUACUGAUAAAUUUGAACGCAAUCAGGAGGACGUUUUUAAGAUUAGCUGCCUCAGCCUGGGCGAACUGAAGAAAAUCAAAAUUAGACAUGAUAACUCAGGUUUUAGGCCGGCAUGGUUCUUGGAUAAAGUUAUUAUUGAAGUUGGAGAAUCCAAAUAUCAAUUCAUGUGCGAUCGAUGGCUAGCUAAAGAUGAAGACGAUGGUCAAAUAUCUCGAGAGUUAUUACCACAAAGUGACGAACAAAGUAGGGCAGAAGCCAUAGGUGCAUCUAAAGAUUUGCAAAAGAAAGUUGCUAGCACAACCUAUAAUGUCUCUGUGACUACUGGUGAUAUUAAAGGAGCUGGAACCGAUGCUAAUGUCCACAUAGUUUUAUACGGCGAAAAAGAUGACACAGGCCUUAUCCACCUGAAAAACUCCACAACUCACUCCAAUAAAUUUGAAAGAAAUCAAGAGGAUAGAUUUGUUGUUGAAGCAAUCGAUAUUGGAGAGCUUAAAAAAAUCAAAAUUGGACAUGACAAUAAAGGUGGAAUGGCUGGUUGGUUCUUGAAUAAAGUAGAGAUCGAUAUUCCCUCACUAGGACGUCGAUUACUUUUCCCUUGCGGUAGAUGGAUAGAUAAAGGCAAAGACGAUGGAGCUUUGGAACGAGAGCUUUAUCCGUUAAAUGAAGCCGAAGAAACUUAUCGGCCGCAUAUCCCCUAUGAAGUAACGGUUUAUACAACCGAUAAACGUGGCGCAAGUACUGGAGCCAAUGUUUAUGUUGUCAUUUAUGGCGAAGAAAAUCAAACUGAGCAAGCUAGCUUAGAGCCUGACAAAAAGAGGCGGAAACAAUAUUUCAAGAACGGUGCCAUUGAUAAAUUUGUCUUGGAGCUUGAUGAUGUCGGUGAAGAGAUUACCAAACUGAGAAUUGGCCAUGAUGGUAAAGGUUGGGGAGCUGGAUGGCAUCUGGAUAAAGUAGAAAUAUGUCGAUUGCUGGACGGUGGAAAAGCAUCGAAAAAAUUUACAUUCCAAUGUAAUCGAUGGUUAGCAUCCGAUGAGGAUGAUGGCGCUAUAGUUCGUGAAUUAGUUCCUUCGGAAAUUGUAGAGAAAAGUUCAAAAGACGGAGGCCAAGUAAAGACCAAAGUUACUAAACCUACCGAUGGGCUAAAAGUUAAGCCGUAUACUAUCCAUGUCUUUACUGGGGAUGUGGAUGGAGCAGGUACCAACGCUAAUGUAUUCCUGACAAUAUUUGGUGAAAGUGGCGAUUCUGGUGAACGUAAAUUAGCCAAAUCAGACACUCAUUACGACAAAUUCGAACGUAAUCAAGAGGAUAUCUUUCAUAUCGAAGCUGCUGAUCUUGGUAGACUGUUUAAGGUUAAAAUUCGCCACGACAAUACGGGUAGUCUCUUUAGUCCUGCUUGGUUCCUUAAUCGUAUUGAAAUAGUUGAUGAUGAAAACGAGGAAACGACAGCAUUCCCUUGUGAAAGAUGGCUAGCUAAGAAGAAAGAUGAUGGUAAAAUUGACCGUACAUUAUUUGUUAAAGGUUGGGAAGGCGAUACGUCUAGUGUUGCUACAACACGGAGCAAAGCGUCCUUUCGAAGUAAUUCUACUGACCUUGGUGAAAUGGUAUCAGCCAGUGGACGCCGCGCUAGUUCAAGGAAAGGACCAGUCAUGGCUCCAAUCGAUGAAAAAUGUGUUCCGUAUAACAUUAAAGUCACUGUGGGUGAAGAGUCGAGCAAAAACUUUCAAGAAACACUCCAUCUUGAACUUUUUGGUCAAAUUGAGGAAGAAAAGUCAGGGCCUAUCGAACUCUCGCCUGAAAAGAAAAGUGAUAAAACUUUCUACCCUGGAAAAAUUACUACCUUUUACGUUAGUGCCGCUGAAGUAAAUAUCAUUGAGAAAAUUCAAGUUAGCCAUAAUAGUUAUAUGCCAGACUCUGGUAUCUACCUGAAAGAAAUUGAAGUUGAUGUACCAACCAUUGGAAAUAAGUAUAUCUUUCCUUGUAAUCGUUGGCUAGCGAAAGAUAAAGAUGAUAGUAAGACUUCACGCAUCUUCACCGCAGCCAAUGCUCAAGUAACUUCCUACACAGCGCUAAAACCUUAUGAGUUAACCAUCCAUACUGGCGACGUGCAAAAUGCUGGAACAGAUUCCAAUAUAUUCGUUAUUCUAUUCGGAACAAAAGGCAGAACACCUGAAAUAUCUUUAGAGAAGAAUGAAGAUCGAUUUGAAAGAGCCAAAGUCGAUAUUAUUCCGCUGGAAUUAGACGAUGUAGGCACUAUUAAAAAGAUCAGAAUUGGUCAUGAUGGUAAAGGAAGUAGAACAGACUGGUAUCUAGAAAAGGCAUCAAUCCAAAGAAUGGAUACUUUAGAUAUGUAUAUGUUCAGGGCUAAUCAGUGGUUCUCCAAGAAAAUUGACGAUAAAAAAUUAGUCCGUGAAAUUCCAGCAGAAACAAGUAAAGAGGGUGCUACAACAAUUAAGAAGAUCAACUAUGUUUUAUCCACACAUACCUCGGAUAAGCGCGGAUCGGGUACCGAUGCCAAUGUAUUUGUUAUCAUAUUUGGUGAAAAUGGCGACUCUGGAGAAAUUGCCUUGAAAAAAUCAGAAACCAAUUGGAAUAAAUUUGAAAAAGGUCAAACCGAUGUUUUCCUUAUUAAUGAUCGCUUAAGCUUAGGACGAUUACAAAAGCUUCGCAUCUGGCAUGACAACGCAGGAUUUGGUGCAAGCUGGCACUUGGCCUCAGUAGACAUAGUUGAUGAAAGUACAGGCGUUAAAUAUACAUUCCCAUGCGAUAAAUGGCUCUCAAAGAGCAAUGGCGAUAAAUUGAUUCUCCGUGAACUUCCAUGUGCGGAAACAGCAGGAAAUACUGCUGCAUCUAAAGCUACUAAGCAAGAGAGUAAAUCUGGAAAAGCAGAAUACGAAAUUGCAUUUACAACUGGCACUGAAAAAAGAGCUGGAACAAAUCAAGAUGUAGCCAUUGUACUGAAAGGGAAAAGCGAAAAGUCAAGAGAAUUCUUAAUUGAAAACAAUGAAGAUAAAAAAUACUUCAGCAAAGGCAAAACAAAUAAAUUUACUUAUACCUGUAAGCCUCUUGGUGAUAUCACCAAGGCCAUUGUGUCACAUCGUGAAAGUGCAAUUGGUGAAGAGCCUGAUUCUAAAAACUCAUCGUGGUACUUAAAAGUAGUUACUGUUGUCCAUAAAGCAAGCGGAACAACGUACAAGUUCCCUUGUAAUAAAUGGAUAGAUCUUGAUGACGAUGAGGAAAACAAUUCCUCUGUAACAUUAAAGUGUAAAUCUGCUGAUGUAGCAGCUUCAUCGAAGGCAAAACCUGUUGAACUGAAACCUGUUAAAUACGAAGUAACGGUUGUGACUGGCGAUGAAAAAGGAGCUGGAACUGAUGCCAAUGUAUCUGUAAUAUUAUACGGAGAUAAUGGCGAUACUGGUCCACGACCACUAAAGAAGAAAUUUGUUAACUUAUUUGAAAGAAAUCAACACGAUAAGUUUACUAUUGAAGCAUUAGAUCUUGGUAAACUAACGAAGCUUCACAUUGAACAUGAUAAUAAAGGAUGGGGUGCAAGCUGGUUACUUGAUAGAGUUGAAGUUCAUAACGUAGACAGUAAUGAAACUAUUAUAUUUCCGUGUAAGCAGUGGCUCGACAAGAAAAAAGGAGAUGGUCAAAUUGCCAAAGAUCUUCUCCCUGAAUCUUAA